UGGGGGGGGGGCGUGUUGUGGAGUUGGUGGGCAGAGGUAUUGGUCUGCAGAAGCAGACCAGGCCCUGGCUGUGUAGGCUGCUGUGGGCCAUCAGGUGCUUUGAAGCAGGGCUGUGAUGUGAGCAGCCUUGUGUUUCGGAGGGAACACUGUAACCCUUUAAGAAAAUCAGGCAGGAGAGGCAGCAUCAUGUUUAACAAAGUACAUAGCACGAACUGAGUCUGGUACCCUUUUUAAUGAAAUUAUCUUUGUCUCCACCUUCUUCAAAGGAUUUCCCAGCUUGGUCUUAAGAGCUGCUUUCUGAAGCGUUGCACAGUGAUAGCUGACGGGGCUGGGGGCGCUCAGCGGUGUAGAAUGCUUGGCCUGCAUGUGUCAGGCCCCUGGGGUUCCAUCCUCAGGGCUACCUCCCCCCUACCCCUCAACAAAAAAGAAAACAAGCAAAGAAGGAAGGUGGGAACAUUUACUUACAGCAAGUAGAAUUCAAUUAGAUAAUAUUUAAACUUCCUUAAUUAUACUUUACUAAUUGACACUUAUUUAAGCUCAUCACAGAGCAGACCUCUUUGUAAGAGAAAGACUCAUUACCUUUCCUUCAAGUAUAUUGGCAGGUGGGCACCAGCUAGGACUGGGAAGCCAGCAGACGGCUGGAUAAUUUGCAAUCAUGAUGAUGGAGGAGGGGCGGUGGCUUCAGGGGCCUCUGUGGAAACAGAAUCUGUUCCUAAGAUCCACUGCAAUACGGCUGUUGCCAGCCGCCUACUCACCUGUGUAGCCUGUGUCCCUGCCCGGUGACGGUGACGGCGACAGAGCUGGGGCUUAUGUGCUCUGUGGGUCUUCCUCACUGCAGAUGUAGUCAGGAGAAGGAAGCCCUGUGUGGAAGCCCAAGGCUUGCAAAAUUGGGGUGGAUGUGACUGAAGUCAGACAGCAGGCCCCAAAGACAAUUAGCAGCUUAGUAAUUACUGCGGAGACACAAUAUUCCCUUGUACUUUCAGGUGUUCAGAGUCCUCUGUCCUCUGGGGAGGAAAUUAAUUUUUUUAUAGGUCUGACUUUAUGCUUUUCAAAGCCUGGACUCGGGGACUCAGGGAACCAGCUGGGAGGAAUGGGAAACGUGAAGAGUCCCCCAUCGAUCUGGUGGUUUGGACCGAACCCAGAGCUUCCGAUUAAUCGUUUUCAUCACCUAGAACUGGGAGUGAUAUAGUUGAUGAUUUUAUCACUCGGUGGCAAAACCUUUUGUUUUGUUUUUGUGACAUGUUCUAUCAUUUGAGCUAAAAUUGUGCAGGAGGAAACAAGAUCCUCGUAAGCCAAAGUGGGCCUUUGGGGGACCAGAAAGAGAACCUUGGGGGAGACUGCUCUGUGGGUUCCUUUGGUGUGUGUCACUGUCCUGGGGAGAGGAAGAAAGCACCAAUUAGGCCCAAGUGUAAUGGUCACACCCACCUGAUGAGGUGUGGCUGGGCCGUUUUCCAUCUCUUUUUUUAAAGAUAGGCCACUGGGGCUUGAAAGUGUUUUAUAUUUCCAAGAGAUCAUGCAGCUAGCGGCAGUCUCCCAACCAGGAAGUUUCAUGGCCCUUCUCUAUAGUCUGGGUCUUUUGUCUUUUUCCGUUUUUUUUUUUUUUUUUUUUGGUGGUGGUGGUUUGGGGAUGGAACCACAGUCAAGUUCUGUACUCCUGAGCUGUGCCACCAAACCAAGAAUUGUUCUUUUAUGGUAUGGAUAGUGUCCCUCCACCUUGGUACCCAGAAAGUUCCUACCACUUGGUUCAGUCAUCUCAAUCCAUCUGCUUAGAUCUGAGCACCCUUUGAUUGCCUCCACCUUCAGGUGAAAUACCCCUGCAUUGAGCAACUGCCGUGUUCAGGACAUUUGGUUCAGGCAUGGUGGAGCAUGGUGGUUCUUGCCUUCGGGGAGUUUACGUUAUGAAAGGAAUUCAAAGUGCGCGCAGACCCUGAGCCAAGUUCCCAUGGGAAGGCCGGCACUCACAGGAGUGGAUGUGCACUUCCAGGAAAGGCACACAUGGCAUGAGGUCCCGGGGGGGAUGUUAGGUCAGUUGGGAGCCCAGGGUGUAAUUUGGCGUUGAAGAUGAUGUACUUGAAGAUGAUAGGGUUGGGAGGUUGACAUGGGACAGGGUGGAGUAAAUCACUGGGGGUGUUAGGUGUUGAGCAGACAGCUGACAGGUUUGCCUACAGUGGUCUUGGUGACAUCCUGAGAAGCAGUGACAUGACCUGGGCCCUAGGGCCUUGGUGGCCAUGAGGCCCCCUUUGCUUCAAGCCCAAGGUGGGACACACAUCCCACGGGCAGCUGGUGCAAGGUGGACGGAGAGGCCUUGUGCAGGACUCAGAGUUGCCCGAAGCUAUUCGCUGAUGUACACACACAGGGAGGCUUUAUUUCUUUACAGCCGUGGACUUGUUGAAAAGCUGAAUCACAUCCUCUGGCUCAAUGUUUGACUUUGUGGCUACCAGUUCCAGGCGAGCCACCUUUGAGAGAGGUGACGUCCUAUUAUAGGAAAGGCGUGGCUAGGCAUCCAGACACCAAGGUUCCAGGUUGGCCCUGACCCCAAGGGUUUCGCUUCAUAUGCCUUUGGUCUGGAAGGCUCUUUGGGUGCUUGGGUGGAUGGGCUUGUGUGGAAAACCCCCUGGCCCAUCUGCACAUCUGGGCCCUGGGACAUGGUAUUGAGUGGUGUGCUGGCCACUCAGGUACCAGCUCAGAGCUCUGUGGACCUGCCAUGGACUCAGCAUCAUGGGCAUGGCACUUGAGCCCAUCUGCUGCCUCCACCUCCCCAAGGAAAGAAUGGUCUGUUCCCUCACCUGCUCCAUCUCCAGCCGGAUCGAGUCUAGAUGUAUGUGGCUUUUCCUGAAAUUCUCCCAAGUCAUUCUGAUCCUCCCCAGCCAAUGUGCCUUUCUCUAAAGACCUGCAAAGUAGUAGCAAAUCCCUUCCCAUGGCUCUUCUUGCUCUUUGCAGCCCUCUGGUAAAGCUGGAAGUGCCUGAAAGAGAAGCAGCCAGAGCCUGGGCCUACAUAAUCCACACACUCGGCACGUCACCCUGGGUGACUCAGAUUCAGUUGCAUUUGUCAUUUCACAACCACCUGCAUCUGGGGGCAGCGCCUGGUGUUUCAGAGCACAGUGUUCUGCCUGGGCAUGGCUUCUCCCAGCUCUUCUCUCUCAGGCUGUGGCCAUUCCUGUCCCCCUCCCCAUUCAUGAUGCUUAAUAGUCCUUUUUAGGAAGCAAAAACAUAGCAUCAUGUGUCAGUCACCUCCGAGGCUUUCUAUGUAUUUUUCCAGUGGACCUUACAACAGGCUUGUCAGCUGGUAUAAUUGUGGUCAUUUGGAAAUGUGGCAGACGGGGUUUGGGGUGAUUGUCCUAACCAUCCCAUGUUGUGCCCUGAUUAUCUAGGAGACAGCGCAGUUCUCUUUUGCAGUUGAUCUCAUUUAACCUUUUCAUCCACAUUACAAGGUGUUUAUGUCCAUUUUACGCAUGAGAAAGCUGGGGCCAAGAGUUAUAUAACUUGUCCAAGGUCACUGCAGCUCAUGAAGAUUUAGAUUCAAACCCAGACCAAUGGACUGCAACACAAGUGCUCUUAAGGUUUUUUUUUUUUUUUUUUUUUUUUCCUCUCUCUCUCUCUCAUCUGCAUUUGUGUAAGGAAAACUUUUUCUCCUUCAGAGCUGGCAAAGCUGAUGGCUUCUGUUGGAUUUGACUUCUAGUGCUUUUCCCAUUGUUAAGUGGGGAAGAAUGGGAGCUAAUAUUUGUUCACCACACACUACGUAUGAGGCACAGGUACUGCCUUCAAAAAUAUCUAGAAAAAUCUUCAUACCACAGAUGUUGUGUUUAUUAAUACAUGUUUGCAGUACAUAAUGCCACAUGCAAUAGGGGCAGUUUGUCCUUGUGCAUGACACAUCUUAGUUCAUUGUUUUGUGCUCUUCCCCUCCAACCCUUCUUCUCCUUCCCAUGUGCAGAAGCUGUAUUUCUGGGGUAUUUUAGAAAGCACUUUAUAUUCACUGCCACAUCCCUGGCACCUGGUGCUCCGUCAGUAUUGGAUAAAGGAAGGGAUUUUACCUGCUUGGCCGGUGGAGCCGUUGAGACAGUACAGUCAGGUGGCUUCAUGGGUGGUGAAAACGACUUUGCUUUUCAUACCACAGAGCUUAAAAAAAAAAAAAAAAACAGAUCUGUUUUACCCAUGCAAAAUGGGAGUAAUCAGAUCUAUGUCGUGGGAUUAUAUAAAACACUAUAAAUACUCACCCGGUGCCUGCUACAGGGUAAACAUCCAAUAAGCAGCGUUGUCCAGUACUGUAUUUGUCUUGCAUGGAGUCUUCUUUUGGUCUGUACUUUUAUUUUGGGUAGAAUCAUCCCACAAGUUAGUAGCCUGGAAAUUUGCUAGCUACUACUGAAGCCUUUAAAAGGGUCCAUGUUCCUGUCUUUGCUUUACUAUCUAUCAAGGACUCAGACAGUAAAAAUUGAUAAAAUCAGUUGAGCUCUACUCUGUGCAAGUGGUGAUGCCUAGCAAGGUUUGAUUAAACAGUAUUUGCAUCUUUGUUUACAAUGAAGGAGUAUCGUGCUGGAAAGGGCCUCCGGGACUAUGGUUCCUUUAUCCCUCUUACAUCCCUUUAAUUUACAGGUGAGGAACAUGAGGCUGGCAGAGACACAAGGGGAGUGCUGGGUGUGGAUUUUGGUUUUUGAGUGUUGGCUGCUUUCAGAUGUCAGCACGCCCUGCCAAUUCCGGGAGCCCGGAGUUUUGUCCUCUGUGGGCUUGUCUGAACACUGGCGUGGUGGAGCCACGGCUGCUUCUGCUAUGAUGUUAGUGAGCAGAUUAUAUCAAUAAUCCACCACAAGCUGGUAAAUCAAGAUCACACUCCUGUUCAAACAUCCUCAUAAAAGGAUUCUAUUCGUUGCAGAUAAUUGUAAAGUGUGCCAUUCCUGAGGAAAUAGUCCUCAGGAUUAACAAUUAUUUUUCCCAUUAGCUCUCUGAGCUAUUCUUAUUUUCCUGCACAUAUGACUUACAGUCAGCGAGGGAAAAUCUAAGUGUACUGAAAGGGAAAAAAAAGAAAAAUGGAAAAGAAGUCAUUAUUUACUCCCUGAAGUCUGAGAUGACCAUCAAGAUAGUUUCCUAUAUAUCCCCUUUUAGGUGGUUUUCUGUUGGAUACAUGCAUGUACUAUAAAAAUGAGAUUUGUUUGUGGACAAUAAACACUUUAAGUGCCUUUAAAUUGCACUGUAUCUUUCUAAAAUGUAAUACGAUAUGAUGAGUCUUCUGGGGUGUAUUAAAAUAUUCUCUGACAUGAAAAUCACACUAUUUUGGGGAGCAACUUUCUUGGCGGUAGAAGCUUGCUAAAUAGAUGAAUAAGUGAAUCCCUUGACAUAACUCCCUGAAGGCUCCUACCCUAGAGAAAGACAAGUCCUGCAUAUGAAUAACUCUAAGAUCUAAUGUCAGGAAAAUAAUGAUCCGUUCUGAACUGCAGGUGGAGUUCAUUAACUCCAGUCAGACCAUUGUGUAACAAAUUAAGAAGAGGCUUUCUGUUCUCACCUGCUUGGCCACAGACAGCAAUCCAGCCCUGGACACCAGCUCCAUCUUCUUAUUUCAAAGGCGAGAACUAGAUUGAAUCCGACCAAUGAGAUGCAUUUUGGCAUACCUCUAAAAUGCUCCCUUGGCCUUUUUAAUUAUCUGUGGUGCUCUGUUAGGGGACUAGAUUUAUCAGCUAGAUGCCUAAAUCCUAAACCCAAGCCCAAUCCUGAUUAUGAUCAGUGAAAUAUUUUGUGCCUUGUUUUUUCCAUCUCUCCAAUGGGCAGAAUGUGUUUCUUGUAACAUAGUCUCAGGAAGUGAUGUAAUGAUGCGCCUAGGCUUAAUCAGCACAAGCCAACAGAAAAACCUUUGUGAGGAUGUAAGCUAUUGUCCUUUCACCUAAAGGAAAAGUACCAUAAAUCUAGGGGAAGUCUCAGGCAUCCUGAAAGCUGCUUUAAGGCAGGGCUGCAGCUGAAAGACCAUCCAGUGGCGUGAGCCCUUCCUCCAGAGACCUCCUUCUCCUGUAGUUGUAUUUUCCUCUUUUUAAAAUGAGCGGUGAUAGCAUAUGUUGGGUUUUCACCAGUGACACCUCUUCUGUCACUCUUCUUGGUUUCUGACAGCAGUUGUUGGUGCAUUAGUUCCCAAGAUGGGGGUAGAAGAGGCAGGUAGCUGUCUCAGAUCAGGUGUCCCCAUGUUAUCUGAAGGGAGGUUAAUCCCAUGGUCAGACUUGCUGGUGCAUGUCUCUAAAUCCCAGCAUUCUGGAAGCCUGAGGCAGGAGGAUUGCAAGUUCCACCAUAGCCUGGGCAAUUUAGAGAAACUUUGCACUCAGAGGCUGACGCGGGAGGAUUGCUGUGAGUUGGAGGCCAGCCUGGGCUGCAUAACGAGACCUUGUUUCAGGUCCACCUUUUCCUAGGAGCAAGUAUUUGGCUUUCAUUUUAGGCAGUGUCUAUGUGUUUUCCAAAAACAUUUAAAUGUGCUCUUCGUGUCAAGCUCCUAUAGGCUUUUCAGGUUGCUAUAGGGAACCCACAACAGUGUCUUAGGGAAGGAAGGCAGACAGUAAGUACCUGUGAGCUGAGAGGGAAGCCAGGAUCACUAGAUCAUUUUGUUUGGCUGGUCUACAAAUACCAAAGCUGGAUUUCCACCACACAUCAAGGAGGGUGGCUUCCGUGAGAUGGACCUGGUGAAAGAAGCAGCAGGUGACUAGAGAGGGUCAGCCAGCCUCCCUUAAAAUGCUGCGGCCACCUAGGUAGGCAGUGAGACCAGCACCACCUCCGCCUGUGCUCAGCCACGUGGCCCAGAUCACAGGCCGUGUUUACUUUUGAGGGACACAGACCUCGAUGCUUUCCCAGGGCAUAAACCUUCCAAACAUGAUUUUAGGGAUUCCAAAGUAAUGUUUCUGUUCAGAUCUGGCAGAACUUUGAGUUGAAAUGGGUCCCUAUCUGUGCCUUCUCGUUUGUCUUUUAUUGAUAUCUGUAAUUACAGUUUUUUUUAAAGAUAGAAAUGAGCUAUAAGGAACAUCUGAAGGAUUUUCGUUUCUUAUGAAGCAUAGUUUAAUUGUCUGGGUUUUUUCCCUCAUUGACAAACUUGCUUCAGGUCCCAGCAAGUAGGUAAUAUGGAGAAAAUGUGAGAGACGCCAUGGGGGAGCGGGUCUGAAUUUAUAAUAAGCUUAGGAAUAAUAUAGGUGAAGUUUGCCCACCUUCUUGAACAGAAGAAAGGGUGAUUUUUAGGUGUAAUAGUACACCGAGUAAUGAAUAAGAGUCUCGAAAGACAUGUAAAUCUAUAAACAGAGCAUAAACAUCUUUAUUCAAAAUGGGUUGAGUUCUGAAGCCUGAUACUUUCAAGAGAACAGUAUUAACAAGUGGCUCUUAAAAGCCUGUCGUUAAUCAACGUGUCGCCCUCAGGACUUUAUUAAAAAGGUAUGCAGUGGGUCACAUCCUCCUUCCAUGAGGGCCAGUGAAACAGAAACUUGCCCAAAAUCUGGAGGAUAAAGCCACCUCGGCACCUGGCCUCCGCCUUUCACUUCCUCUCCCAACUCUGCCCCUCUGAGAUGUUCUUCCAGAAGUCAGAGGAAGCUGCUGAGCUUGGGGUCACCACCCUGGAAUCAAGCGAUGGGAGUAGCCCAGCACUGGGAGUUCCUUCCCCAAAGCCCCGAGCUGACUUGUCACUUUUUGCUGUUGUCAGGAGCUGGGCAGUACUGUCCCAACUUUCCCAGAAGGCCUGGCGAGAGCAGGCCAGAGCAGGAAGGGGCAGAAAAGUGCAAUGCCCUCUUUGAUGCUGCUCCCUGCCCCUGGGUGUGGAGAGCCGGGGAUGGGAAGUUGGAAACCCCGAGGAGAGUGUCGAGGGCACAGGCCGGGCUGUGUGCUGUUCACAUGCUGUGGUUGACUGUCGGCAUUCAGGGAAUGCAUUGGAUAAAUUUAUAGUGUGCUAUCACAAGUAUGAUGAUAUGCAUGUGUAUUUUGGGGUGCCAGAUAUAUGAGCAAAUAAAAAAGUUCAGGAGCCAAAUGCUCAGGUAGUGGCUGUUUUCUGAUGAAUUGAAACCAGCCCUGCUGGCCCAGCUAUUGGAGUAUUUCAGCUAUUUGCUGAAAGUACCCAAGGCAGUGAUUUUGUUUGGUGCACCGUUGAGGUGCAGCCCUGGAAGGAGGAGAGGGAGGCUGUGGGUGAGCUUCUCGCUGGUGCUGGUGCUGGAAGGAGUGGGAGUCCCUUCACCCUGGCUGGCUGGCUUCUCCUCUUUCGCCCAGGAGCUGCAGCCCAGCCUGCAGAGUGGCUGCCUGAUGCUAGGCCCAGGGCUGGAUUUCAGAGGCUUCUCCGUAGUUUCAGUGUCAUCAGUCAUUGCUUCCCAGAGUUCCUGUUGCUUUUCCAGGGUCCCCAGUUGAACCGUUUAGCUCCAUUUCAGUAGCCCAGCCCACUCCCUUAUGCCCAGUCAGGAAGAUGUAUAAUGUGAACUGAUUUACUGUCAAUGCAAAAGAAAAACAUUAGUUAAUUAGACUUUUACACCUUGGUCAGAUGGUAUUAGACACCCUUUGUGCACUUUAACUCAAGGAUGUUAAAGACCUAAGUCUUUGAAGAAAAAAAAACAAAAAAGGAAGAAAAGGGACAGGCACUUUUCCAGCUUAAGCUGCAUGUUGGCCCAUGUUAAUUCCGCAUUUGUCCCUUAGUCUGGACGUGACAGAAAGUGCUAGUUACUGUGGUAUUUAACUGACAUCAAACUCCCAUCCAAAUAAUUCAGUUGGGCCCAGCCUUCUCUCUUAAUUGGUGGGAAGGAAAACUUAGGCACACACCCAGAAAAAGGAGGAAACUGUUACUUUGUUGGACAUUUAAAAACUUUAUUCCUUAGGGUAUGAAGAGCACGUGUUUUUUUUAGAUGAGCUGCCCCUUUGAGCUUUUUAAAAACAGCAACAACCAGAAUCUAGAAUCUUCUAAAACUUGAGCCCUUCAAACGAUUGGCUUUUGUGAGUCUUCAGUAAGUGACAGUUUAGUAAUUGUUGCUAUCCUUUCGAAGUUAUGCAUCUGCUCUGGAAACUGACAGCUUUCUAGGCUACAGGCAGAUUAAAAAAAAAAUCUGGAAACUCAUACACAAGUUAAAGUCCUAAGCAAUUUAAAAACCAAUGUAUAGUGGCAUAGUAAAAGAAGAAUGGCAGGGUGAUUUGGUAGGAAUAAUUAGAGAAAACAUGCCUGUUGGUUUUUGUUUUGUUUUAUUUUGUUGUUUUUUAAAGCAACUUCUUAGUUGUUGAAGUUAAUCCUCAGUGACAGGAGUACUGUUUACCUUAAUCAUGAGGUAUCUAAAACAAUUCCAAAAAUAAUCGAAAGGGUUUUUGUUGUUGUUUCCAAUCAGUUGAAGAUUGGAAUAUCCUUAUCCUACUGUCAACCUCACUCACUUUGUGCAUAAUUUCUAGCCAGAGUUGGCGAGUGCUUCAUUUUUAGCACUGAACUGCUUUUUGGUGCACUGAAUGAAUUUAAUACGUUAACACUCCUGUACGGCCCAGAAUUGCUUGGCUGCCCCUUGCCCUGCCUGCCUGGUACUGGCUGAAAAGGUACCAUUGUUUGCUCUGCAAACACUGGGUGAUGUUUGUUUCCAAGGUGACUGAUUCUAUUGCUGCUCUUUAAGCAAGGGGGGAUGGGGAGAGAGAAAGUUGCCUUUGAACACCUGAGAGCAUCCCAUUCUGGAUAGCCUGUGUGUGUGUGUGUGUGUGUGUGUGUGUGUGUGUGUGGAAGCUGCAAUUUUAUUUUAACUGACCUUAUUAGUGCAAAAGGAAUAGUGUGGCAAGGGAAGAAAAAGAGCCCAGUUCUGAUGCUUAAUUCAAUAUACAAAGUAUUAGAUUUAAAAACUGGAUCAGACUGAAUUAGCUGUUUACAUUUGGAAAACUAAAGAGUUAAGGGGAGGAAAAAUAGUUUAGAUAACUGAAAUUUUUUUUCAUGAAAUAGUUCCUCAGCUAUAACAUGUGUGUGGCUGUUGAAAAAUGAGAGUAUCGUUAAAAUUAGUUAUGAUAAGGUAGGUGGGCCUUUUAAGUUCUGUACAAUUUUUUUUUUUUUUAGAAAAAUCUGGCGCCUUUGAGGUUUCUUUGUGUCAAAAGAGUCGAAAGAGAAAAUAGAUGAAAUGCAUCUUUUCAUGGACAAUAUGAAUUCUCUUAUUAAACUGGAAAUUUACAUUUCACAAGAGUGAGAGAUUUUAGAUUUCAGAAUAGAAAAAAUGAUUACUUCUUGGGUCCCCCCCCCCACUUUUUAGUACCACGGAUGCUGUUAACAGAACUUUGCCUUUUCACUCCUAUCGGGUUUAGUACAGUUCACGCACAGGUUUCAGUAAACAUUAACCACUUUUAUCAGGGCUUGCAGUGUGCUGAAUGGCUAGCAAAGAGUGUUCUGUAAGAGGCAGAUGAAAUUGAGAGAGUCCAAGGUCACAUGGAUAUUGAAUUUUUUUUUAAUUAUGGAGAAUUUAGGAGAAAGAAAUCAAGUUUCACACUGGAACUGUCCUCUACGCGGGCUCACUGAAAGACUACUUGGCCUAGCAUUUUUACACACAUUUGUUCAGAUGCUCCACGUGCGCAGCUAGACAAGUGAUUUUUUGUUUUGUUUUUGCUGGCUUUUCUUUUUCUGUCAUAAUUUUUAAAAGGUCAUGUUGGUUCAGAGCAUCUUCUAAGAUGAGUAUCCAGGCUCACUCAAGGAAGGCAGUGUUUAUCAUGUUAUUCUGAAGAACCUAUUCAGUGUUACAGAGAUUUCACUUUUCUUCCUUUUUCAAGGCUAAUUCGAGAUGGCUGUCUGAUUGUCAGUUUGGUUUCCACAGUUAGCACAGUAACCCUGCAAACCAAGUGCUAGAAUGACAAGAAUGAAGUGCUGCCUAAUAUAGAUAGAACAAAAGUGCCAGUUUCGGGUAUUCAUAAUAUUCCCAAACUUUUGUCUCUCGGAAUGAUCUUUGGAUCAUUUUGGAAAAUAGGAAUGUGAUUGGUGCUUAUUUUUUGUGCAGAGAGAUAUCUAGGGCUGGCAUUCAGAGCCUAACCCUAACCCAUCUUCUAGUGGGAGGCGUGGUGGUUUACAUCUGUAAUCCCAGCACUUGUUGAGGCUGAGGCAGCAUUACAAGUUCGAGACCAGCAGGGGCUACAAAGUGAGCUCCCAGAUUUAACUGCAUAGCAAGACUCUUGUCUCAAAAAGGAAAAAAAAAAAAAAAAAGUAAAAGAAAAAGCCCGAGCCUGUCUUCCUGCGCCUCGUGGCUGGGGGUGCGAGGCCGAGACCCCCAGCAGGGUUGCAGGCAGUACCCAACCUGGCCGAGCUGCUCUGAGACAGUGUGCCUCAUUUCAACUCGAAGCCGGCGGUCUAAGCGUCCGAAGUGCAGUGGGGUCCUGCGUUCCAGCCGUGCCAUCGUGUAUGCCGUGGUCGCCGCCACGGGACCCUGCAGCUCUGGAGCUCGGGUCAGCGAGUGGCCGGGCAUGGAGAGGACGCCCUCCUUCAGCGACGGGCGCGCUCAGGGCGGUCGCCGCCGUAGCCCACGAAGGCAGUGGGAGCAGUCGCGCUUCUGCCCGGAGCACGGCACCCGGGCGAGGAUCUGCCAGGGUCUACUGCGACUGAAGAAGCAGGAAGCAACGGCCAGGUCUGUUGGGCAGCCAGACUCUGCGGUGGCUCCAGCUGCUCCGCUGCUCUACGGCUCUACUGCUCAUCCCCCCCCCCCCCCGCAGUGCGCACCCUGCGAGUGGGCAGCUGGGCCGUCCGUCAGAGCGGCGGGCGCUGAUUGGCCGGCUGGCUGUUGGGGGCGAGAUGAGGGCGGAGCUCGGCGGUGCUAGCAGGGGCGGCCUUCGCCUCGGGGGCGUCGCUUCCUCAGACCUUGACGCGCUGUCCUGAGGGGCGGGCGGCCCCGCACGUUUGGCCGCUCAAGCGACACCAGCCAGUCGACAGAAGCUUUUCAGGAGCCCUGGGUUCAAAAAAGAAAACUCAGGAACUGGAAAACGCGUGUGCCCUGAGCGAGGUCGCCCUCUGGUUAAUUUACCUCGUGUUGAGUGUCGGACAGUUCUGCAUGAGGCGCGAGUUUGUACUGAUUUCGGCUCGCACUUGGGAUUGAUUUCCCUAACAAGUCCCCGCAGUUCAAACCGUGGGUGUCCCUGCUGGCUGUAGCUGAGGGAAAGCAGCACGUGGCCGCACGAAGCCCGCGACAGGCGGCCGGGAAAGGGGGAGCGACAGCCGCGCGGUGCCACGCGACGCCCACGGCAAGGCCCAGGCUGCAGAGUGACGCCGGGUGGCCAGGCUCCCUCCCACGGAGACCUCCUGUGAAGUGCGCCACACGGUCCCUCAGGGACGCUGCCUCAUACCAGUCUCCCCUACCCCCGGUCCGGGAGCAGAGCCUUGCCCACGUGCUAUUUCCGGUCUCCCCUAAGAUCGGCGCCAUCCAGCUGCGAUGCCACAUCUCGAUGUUCUCCAGACGCCAAGCCCAUCACCACGGGGACAGCAGCAGCGCUGCUCCUGAUGGCCAAAGGCCACCUGCUGUGGAGAUAGAUGCCUUAAGUGUGCCCUGUCCAACCCUGGCAUCCCGAGGCCAGCCUCGCCCCCCUGCAGUGCGCAAUGAACCGGCACCUUGACGUCCUGUGAUGAGGGCAGAGCCACUCUGGAGUUAGGAGUACCCACAUUUUUCCCCAGGGAAGUGACUCCCCAGAUCUGCGAAGCACUGUGGUACUCAGUGGCAGCGUCACGUGGCCUGGUCUUUUCUCUCUGGGACUCGCCUCCUUUUUGUCUUGCCAGGGCAGAAGUUUCUCUGUACCUCACAAGCCAGGACCCCCACCCCGGGAGAUUCAGAUUGAGCACCUCUGGGUGAAGGCACCUCUUGUGUGUUAGGAUUGGAAACUUCUGAUGAGACAGAUGGGUCCAUAUCAACCACUGGGAUUUUUCUGGAAAAGAACCAUUAAGAAGGUUAGGAAAUGCUAAGGAAACCCUGACAUUCUCCUGUGUGAUGCCAGCUCGCUGCAAAGCUGAGCUCCUGUUGAACAAGGUUCCUGCCACUCUGUGCCCCAGAAGCAGUGCCUUUGAGGGGUGACUCUGCCUGCAUUUGGGCCCUGCCAGUGUCGAGACCCCAGUAAGGAAGGCAGCAUUAUAAGGAGAACAGUGACGAGUGAUAGUAGAAGAAGAAGAAAAAUAAACAGCCGUUUCCUACUACACAUGGAUGAGAGCGAUAGCUGGGGAAAAUUGUAAAGGCUGUCACUUGGGGCAGAAAAUGGAGUUCUACAGCAGAGACUUCUUACAAAUGUAAACCCCUGUCCCAAUGACGUCAACUUCGCCCAUUGGCUUGGAAGGCUCAGACCUGUCUUCCAUCAACACCAUGAUGUCAGCAGUAAUGAAUGUAGGGAACGUGGCAGAGAAUGGUGGGAGCCCCCAGGGGAUCAAGUCCCCUUCAAAGCCUCCAGGACCAAAUCGGAUUGGCAGAAGGAACCAGGAAAUGAAAGAAGAGAAGUCUUCCUACAACUGCCCGCUGUGUGAAAAGAUUUGCACUACCCAGCACCAGUUGACUAUGCACAUCCGUCAGCACAACACAGACACUGGAGGAACCGAUCACUCAUGCAGCAUCUGUGGGAAGUCGCUGAGUUCGGCCAGCUCCCUGGACCGCCACAUGCUGGUACACUCCGGCGAGAGGCCUUACAAGUGCACUGUGUGUGGCCAGUCCUUCACCACCAACGGGAACAUGCACAGACAUAUGAAGAUUCAUGAGAAAGACCCCAACAGUGCGACAACUGCAGCCCCUCCAUCCCCUCUGAAGCGCAGGCGGCUGUCCUCCAAGAGGAAACUGAGUCAUGACGCCGAGUCAGAGAGAGAAGACCCAGCACCUGCUAAAAAGAUGGUGGAGGAUGGACACUCAGGUGACUCAGAGAAGGCAGUUGAUGAAGUCUUUCACUGCCCAGUGUGUUUCAAGGAGUUUGUUUGCAAGUACGGACUGGAGACCCACAUGGAGACCCAUUCGGAUAACCCACUGAGAAAUUUAAUGUGUGCUGGAAUGUGGAUGGUUUCUGGGUGGAUCUGUGCACUGCGCCACGCACAGAAUGCUGUUCUGUGGGCACAGUGCUUUGGAGCGCAGCAUACUGAGCCCAGAUGUGACAUUUGCUGUGUCACCUUCCGAACACAUCGAGGGCUGCUGCGCCACAACGCACUUGUCCACAAGCAGCUUCCCCGGGACUCGAUGGGAAGACCUUUCAUCCAGAACAACCCUUCCAUUCCUGCGGGCUUCCACGACCUAGGAUUCACGGACUUCUCCUGCAGGAAGUUCCCUUGUAUUUCUCAGGCCUGGUGUGAGACAAAUCUUCGGAGGUGCAUCAGCGAGCAACACCGCUUUGUCUGUGACACCUGUGAUAAGGCAUUCCCCAUGCUCUCUUCACUCACCCUGCACAAACAGACCCAUGUCACCAUGGACCAGGGCCAGGAGAAGCUGCAGGCUGACAUCCUGGCCGGCGACAUGCUGGAGCAGAAGGUCUUCCUGGCCUUGCUGGGCCUGCAGCACACCAAAGACGUCAGGCCCGCGCCCGCUGAGGAGCCCCUGCCAGAUGAUAACCAAGCAAUACAGCUCCAGACACUCAAGUGUCCUCUACCUCAGGAUGCCAGCUGCGCCAACAUGCUGAGCCUGUCUCCUUUCGAAGCUGCCUCCCUGGGCAGUUCCCUCACUGUGCUCCCGGCCACCAAGGAGGGCAUGAGGCAUCUGUCCCUGCAGCCCUUUCAGAAGGGCUUCAUCAUCCAGCCAGACAGCAGCAUCGUGGUCAAGCCCAUCUCCGGGGAGUCGGCCCUGGAGCUGGCAGACAUCCAGCAGAUCCUGAAGAUGGCAGCGUCUGCGCCCCCACAGAUCAGCCUCCCCCCACUCUCCAAGGCCCCCGCCACCCCGCUGCAGGCAAUUUUCAAGCACAUGCCCCCGCUGAAGCCAAAGCCCCUGGUCACGCCCCGCACGGUGGUGGCCACUUCCACGCCCCCGCCGCUCAUCAAUGCGCAGCAGGCCUCCCCGGGCUGCAUCAGCCCCAGCCUCCCGCCACCACCGCUGAAGCUCCUGAAGGGCUCAGUGGAGGCGGCCGCCACCGCCCAUCUGCUGCAAUCCAAGUCUGGGGCACAGCCAAACUCAGCCCCGCAACUCUUCCUGCAGCAGCCGCGCCCAGAGCUGCCCGGCCAGCCCGAGAUGAAGACACAACUCGAACAGGACAGCAUCAUCGAGGCCCUGCUGCCACUGAGCAUGGAGGCCAAGAUCAAACAGGAGAUCACAGAGGGCGACCUCAAGGCCAUCAUGACGGGCCCUGGCGGCAAGAAGACCCCCGCCAUGCGCAAGGUGCUCUACCCCUGCCGCUUCUGCAACCAGGUGUUCGCCUUCUCAGGGGUCCUGCGCGCGCAUGUGCGCUCACACCUGGGCAUCUCCCCCUACCAGUGCAACAUCUGUGACUACAUUGCCGCCGAUAAGGCCGCACUCAUCCGCCACCUGCGCACGCACAGCGGCGAGCGGCCCUACAUCUGCAAGAUCUGCCACUACCCCUUCACCGUGAAAGCCAACUGCGAGCGGCACCUGCGCAAGAAGCACUUCAAGGCCACGCGAAAAGACAUCGAGAAGAACAUCGAGUACGUGAGCAGCAGCACAGCCGAGCUGGUAGAUGCCUUUUGCGCGCCCGACACUGUGUGCCGGCUCUGUGGUGAGGACCUGAAGCACUACCGCGCCCUGCGCAUCCACAUGCGCACGCACUGCGGCCGUGGCCCGGGCAGCGGCCACAAGGCACGCAAGCCCUUUGAGUGCAAGGAGUGUGGUGCUACCUUCACCGCCAAGCGCAACUGCGUCCACCACAUCCUCAAGCAGCACGUGCACGUGCCGGAGCAGGACAUUGAGAGCCACGUGCUGGCGACGGGCAGCACCGAGGCCAGCACGGAGGCCCCGGGGCGAGGGGAGGAGGGCGGCUGUGCGGCCUUUGGAGACUACAAGCCCCUUGCUGCUUUCCUGGAGCCGCACAACGGCUUUUUGCACGGAGGCUCCACUCAGCCGCCCCCUCCCCAUGUGGCGGUCAAGCUGGAGCCGGCCAGCAGCUUUGCGCUGGACUUCAACGAGCCCCUGGACUUCUCUCAAAAGGGCCUGGCGCUGGUGCAGGUGAAGCAGGAGAGUGUGUCCUUCCUGAGCCCUUCCUCUCUGACCCCCUACGACUGCUCCAUGGAGCCCAUCGACCUGUCCAUCCCCAAGAACUGCAGGAAAGGAGACCAGGACGCAGCUGCUCCUGGGGAAGUCAAGAAGCUGGAGCAGGAACCGGGAAGCCCUGAGCAGCUGGCUUCCUGUCUGCAGCCCUGCUCAACGCUGCCGCCAACUUUGGGGCCCAGCGGGAUCCUAGAAAGCCCCACUACUGCUGUGGUAGCGGCCACCACGGCCACCUCCCUGGACCCCCAUGCCCAGCCCCUCCAGGGCUCUGUGCAGCUGACUGUACCCAUCUACUCCUCGGCCCUCGUCAGCAGCUCUCCCAUCUUGGGCAGCUCUGCCCUCCUGAGCAGCCCAGCGUUGCUACGGCCCCUGCGGCCCAAGCCCCCGCUUCUCUUGCCAAAGCCCCCAGUGACGGAAGAACUACCCCCGCUGGCCUCUAUCGCCCAGAUCAUCUCAUCCGUGUCCUCAGCCCCCACCCUGCUGAAAACCACCAAGGUGGCCAACUCAGGGCCCUUGAGCUCCAGCAGUAGUGAGGCAGCUGUGGACAGCUUAGGAGGUGCCGUCCCCAGAGCUGCUGCCACCCCCACUGACAUCACGAGCCCAAAGGAGUCCGGGGAGCUGCCUCCUGUGGCCAGCAGCCCAGAAGCGGCUUCCCCCACUGAGCAAGGCCUGGCCAACUCCUCCAAGAAGCGGGGCCGAAAGAAGGUGAUGAGGAGCCGGCCCUGUGCCCACAGCAGUGGGGUGGACCUAGACUCCAGCGGGGAAUUCGCCAGCAUCGAGAAGAUGCUGGCCACCACAGACACCAAUAAAUUCAGCCCGUUUCUGCAAAGUGCAGAGGACGAUGCUCAGGAGGAUGGGCCCGGGGGCGCAGCUGACCCCCACGGGCCCAGCGAUGAAGAGCAGGUCGGGCCGCCCGAGGACAAGCUGCUGAGAGCAAAGCGGAACUCCUACGCCAGCUGUCUGCAGAAGAUCAGCUGUCCCCACUGUCCCCGGGUCUUCCCGUGGGCCAGCUCCCUGCAGAGGCACAUGCUCACACACACUGGUCAGAAACCUUUCCCUUGUCAAAAAUGCGAUGCCUUCUUUUCUACCAAAUCUAACUGUGAACGCCACCAGUUGCGCAAACACGGAGUUACCGCCUGCUCCCCGAGAAGAAACGGGCUUAUCCCCCCCAGAGAGAGUGAUGUUGGACCCCAUGAUAGCACAGACAGCCAGUCGGACUCGGAGAUGUUGGUGGCCGGGGAGGUGCUGGAUCUCACGGCCCGAGAUCGGCAGCCGACACCACCAGCUGAGCGAGCCCCAGUGGAGACCCCAGAGGAAGAGGAGGCAGAGGAGGAGGCCAAGGCCCAGGCGGCCUCCCCUGCGCCUGGAGAGGAGGAGGAAGAAGAAGAGGAGGAAGCCUCCGAGGAAAAGCAGGAGCCAGAGGAGGAGCGCAGCACUGAGGAGGAGGGAGGCGAGGGUGCUGAUGGCCCGGAGGAAGAUGCGGCCAGCAACAGGAGCCUGGACCUGGACUUUGCCAGCAAGCUAAUGGACUUCAAGCUGGCAGAAGGCGAGGCCGGCACCCCAGGUGGCCAGGGCUCAGCCCCACAGGACCAGAAGCACACCUGUGACACAUGCGGGAAGAGUUUCAAGUUCCUGGGUACCCUGAGCCGCCACCGAAAGGCACAUGGCCACCAGGAGCCAGGGGACGAGAAGGAGGUGCUGCAGCUGGAGGGUGAAGGCCCACCACCCACCCCCGAACUCGAGGAGAAGCUGGCGGAGUCCCCAGCUGCACAGCGGGCCCCGGGUGCCAGGGAGGCUGCGCUAGAGAAGCAGGGCGAGGAGGCGGAGGGCCCCUCCGAUGGGGAGGGCACAGCCGAGAGGAAGUCCUCAGAGAGGAGUGACGAUGACAAGAAGCCAAAGACGGACUCCCCCAAAAGUGCAGCCAGCAAGGCCGACAAGAGGAAGAAGGUCUGCAGCGUGUGCAGCAAGCGCUUCUGGUCCCUGCAGGACCUCACCCGGCACAUGAGGUCGCACACAGGGGAGAGGCCAUACAAGUGCCAGACCUGCGAGCGGACCUUCACCCUGAAGCACAGCCUGGUGCGGCACCAGCGCAUCCACCAGAAAGCCCGGCACGGGAAGCCCCACGGGAAGGACAGCGACAAAGACGAGCGGGCCGAGGAGGACAGUGAGGGCGAGUCCACGCACAGCUGUGAGCAGGAGGCCGAGGUGGGCCAUGUGGCCUUCACCCGCAGCCGGAGGGAGGGCCCAGCCGGCGCCAGUGCCACCAAGAAUUGCGGCCGGUGUGAGGAGAAGGCCGGGGCCGGGCGUGCCCCCAGGGAGCAGGCGUCUGCCAGGGACCCCAGCCUGGAGAGCCCCGCUGCCCUGGUGCAGGACCUGCUGGAGCUGUGUGCCAAGCGGCCAGCACGCCCUGUCCUGGCUGCCGACAGCGCCUCACAGCUCCUGGGGCUAGAGUGACAGCCACAGCGCCUCGCGCUCCUGGGGGCCCGGUGUCGUCCACACUGGGACUGCAGGGGCAGGAGAGGGACAGCAGUGUGGCCCACAGCUGUGCCAUAGCCUUCUGUGUGCCGUGCAGGGCCAGCAGCCAUGCCAGUGCCUUAGCUCCUUCUGGCUCCCCACAUGGCCCCUAGCAGCACGGAGGUGUCCCGUGAGGCACGCCAGGAGCCCUGCUCACCUGAGUGCUGAUGUGGCCUUUGGUGUUGGUGCACGCUGGUUUGGUGAAUCUGUGAUCAUAUUGUUCGUUCUGUGAGCUGGAAACAGGAGAAAAAUAAAAUAACCGCAUACUGUCGGAUGCCCAUAGCCAAUAACUGGAAGAAAAUGAUGUGAAUUUCAUGCCCCGCCCGGGCAGGAGUGGGCGCCGCGCCAAGUCUCAAGUAGACCCCGCUCUGUGCCACGUGUCACGUGGAGGAGCUAUGGCCUGGUCCUCUGUCACCAGAUGUGACCGUCGGCGCGGGCUGCAGUGGAACUCAAGCCAAAACCAGGAAGGAUGUGCAGCUGCAGCCUCCAGUGUGUGCCUUCUGCCCGCGUCAGAGGUGGCUGCUGUCCAGGCGUCAGGACGUCCCUUCCUGAUUUACAGAAGGGUCACCUCCUGGGAUUCCCCUGCAGAAGACACACCUGAACGCCAGCUUGUCCGCUCCCCUCCCCAUUUGGUAUAUGUUGUUAUUAAUAUUAUUAUUAUUAUUAUUAUUUUUAGUUCACCAGUUUGCUGGGCUCUUAAGUCAGCAGAAACACGUGGGCAAUAUUUGUCCUGGGAGACCUGUGCCACCCCCGCCCCGUCCCCAGUGCCGUGUGCCUGACGCUCCCCGGCCGCCACGGUGACAGCUCUUCUACUGUAUCCACCAGCCCUCCUUCCGGGACCACAGAGCCCGGCCGGCUCCGCGAGAGGCUAGCAGCGAGGGGCACCUGCCUGCCAGGCCCCUGCAGGCCUCGCCCCAGCUGUGCUACUGUCAUUUGAAAAGCAAGGAAAUACUACUACUGCUAAUAAAACUACACAAGCAAGGUGUCAGAUGGGAAGUUUCCGCUCCCUUCCUGCAACAGAGGUGCUGCCUAAAGACAGACACCGACGCCUGGCCUGCAGCCCUGCUUCGGAGAGGCGGGCCUCCCUUACUACAGCCCCACGGCAGCAGCCCAGCCGCUGCGUGACUCGAAGGAAAUCCUACUGUAGCUGACCCGGUGCUCGCACCCUGGCUCCAGCCGGCCCUCAGGGCGCCUGGUCGGCCUGCUUCAGCCGCGGGCCAGCCCUGGGCCUUGAGCCUCCCUGGGGAGGACGCCCUGCACCCCUCCCCCUCCCCAGUGUCCAGCACCUAAAGCACAACCCCGACAUCACAGGAAGGGACUCUUGAGAUAGUGAGGUGGCGUCUUUGCAGAUGAAGGGAGGUUGAGGGAUGUGCGGAGCAGGUUAGCGGGAGGUUUUAGUUACUGUAGAGGCGAGUGCACAUCAGAACCAAUCAUCCCUUGGAGUCCUCUAAGUUAAAACAGUUCAUGCACCCUUAGUUGUUUUCUAUUAUUACAGUUGUUGUUGUUGUUUGGGGUUUCUUGUGUUUUGUUUUCUUCGCAGCUCUCCACACUAAACUUGCAAUAUUGUGGGGAGAAGCCAGGACUAAACCCCGCUGCGGCGGGACGUAGCAGGCGGCUCCCAGCCUGCGGAGUGAUCACUAUCGAGUUAAAGCUUUACUUAGCCUGGAUCUGGACCGGUAGUCAGUAAGGUCUUGCCACAUUUUACUAGUGAGGUUGAGAAGUGUAUUCUUUGUUUGUUGUUCCCCCAAUAUUAAACUGUGAAAUUUGUGAUUUGUUUAAAGGCUGGGUGAAUCGUAGCUUAGUUUGCAUGUCCAGCUAAUUUGUUUCUAUACAUUUUGUUUGAUUCUCUUUCUCCUUCUCUCAGGGCUAUUAAGAAAAAAAAAAAAAGAAAAGCAUAUAUAUAUAUAUAUAUAUAUAUAUAUAUAUAUACAAACACACACACACACACAUAUAUAUAUAUAUAUAUGGAUCUUCUGAAAAGUUUUUUGAGGUGCAAGUUGUUUUCUUUUUUCUCUUGAUUAACGGACAUAACGCUGAGAUUCAAUCACUACAUGAAACACCCGGCGGUGAGAACUGAACAAAGCGCCCAGGAGCUGUCCGCAGACAGGUCCCGGACGCCAGCUGCAGGCCGAUGCGCCCCACUGGUGGCUUCCCUCCUCGGGUCUCCAGAAGGAAGUGGAUCCUAGUGAUUUCAGCCCAUGCAUUAAACAGGAAGCAAUAAUAUGUAGAAUUCAUAUUUUUCUAAAGGGAACUUAAAAACUGCUGCUACAUGUUAUGUACAAAUUGGUCUAUGCCACACGAACAGAGAAUCACAAGUUUGGUUUUGGUACUUUUCGUUCCUCUUUGUACUCAAGUUGUGUAGAACUUGCAAAUCCAGAAUGAGAAGAAAGCUAUUCUGAAUGGAACCAUCUGAGCAAUAAACCUUAUGUUUUAAAGACGGCAGAUGCCGGGCA